AGCUGAACCGGAAAUGCUUUUCCUUGUGUGACCUUUCCACUAGUGCUGAGCUAGCACAGUGGUACCUUGAGACAGAUUAGUGUAAUGUGGUGAGGGUCUGUAUUUUAGCACUGAAUCGGAUAGCCGUAUCUGCAGUUUGAUUGACGGAGCAGUGAACUUGACCGGCCACAACCAUGAGUACUAUGUUUGCGGACACAAUCCUCAUCGUUUUCAUCUCUGUGUGCACGGCGCUGUUAGCCGAAGGUAUUACAUGGGUUUUAGUGUAUCGGACCGAAAAGUACAAGAGACUAAAGGCUGAGGUAGAAAAACAAAGCAAAAAACUUGAAAAGAAAAAGGAAACCAUCACAGAAUCUGCAGGACGUCAACAAAAGAAGAAGAUUGAGAGACAAGAAGAGAAACUGAAGAACAACAACAGAGACCUGUCUAUGGUACGCAUGAAGUCCAUGUUUGCCAUAGGCUUCUGCUUUACAGCACUGAUGGGCAUGUUCAACUCCAUUUUUGAUGGAAGGGUUGUAGCCAAAUUGCCAUUUGUCCCCCUGUCCUACAUCCAAGGACUGUCACAUCGUAACCUACUGGGCGAGGAUUACACAGACUGCUCCUUUAUCUUCCUCUACAUCCUUUGCACCAUGUCCAUCAGACAGAACAUUCAGAAGAUGCUGGGUCUUGCUCCCUCCAGAGCUGCAACAAAGCAAGCUGGAGGCUUUCUGGGACCCCCUCCCCAAGCGGCCAGGUUUUCCUAAUCACCUCAGACAGUUUCAGCAGUGCUGCUCAUUGACUGUGACUGUGUGACCGGAGGUGGUGGCUCCCUCAUCAGAGCACAGAGCAGCUCAGGCCACACUGGGAUUGCAUUACCUGUUGCAGCUACGGAAUCACUACCUGCACACUUCAGUUUGUUUCCUCAUUCUUGUGGUGUUUCAUUUUAAAAUAUGUUCCCUUAGAAAAUAAUUUAAUUGUUGUGAUUUAUAAAGGACAAUAAUGUGUCCACCUUGUAUGCAGCACAUGCCAUACAUUGUUUUGGAACUUGGCUAUAAAUUGGCAAAGUCACCUUUUUAAUGAAGUCAUCAGUAUUGUUGUAAGUCAUUCUCUGUGUCCUCAUUUGUUACAGAUUAAAAACGUUUUAUCAUUAAA